UUAACAUUUGUGUUAUAGAGUCUACAAUGGAAGAUUGUACUAUCACACCCCCGAGUUCAAAAGUGAAGCGCAAUAAUCAUCAGUGGUCUUCUCAUGAAGACAAAAUACUCAUUGAGGGUUGUCUGGAAUUGAUCAACCAAGGUUGGAAAGCUGAAAAUGGAUUCAAAACUGGUUUUUAUCAGCAGCUGCAGAAGUGGAUGGCUACAAAAAUCCCUGGUUGUCAUAUUUUGGGAGAUCCAAAUAUAAAAAAUAGGUUAAGGCAUUUAAAAACUCAAUAUAAGGAAUUCUCUAUGAUGAGGGGUGCUUCAGGUUUUGGCUGGAAUGAGGAAACCAAAAUGGUUAAUUGUGAUGAUGAGGUUGAUUUAUGUCCGAGCUGUCUUGAACGGAGAAAUCUAAUUAGAGGCAUUUUAGUGACUUUCUAUGAAUUUUUUAUCAUUUAGUUUUAUUAAGACAAUAUUGGAUUUCUAUUUAAUCCUUUUACAUUCCUUCAAAGUGUUACUGUUUUGGUAGUUGAAACUACGACAAUAAAGUAAUUUUCAAUUUAAACUUUUCAAUUUAUAAUGUCUACUUUGUGCUUUCAAUUCAAAUAAACUGCUAUUUCACAUACAUUUAUUUUUUACAAGUGUAUGGAAGCAAAAAUUAGUAAUAUAAUUUGUCAUCGGCAAGUAUAAUGAGUUGGUUUCAAAUAGUUACAAAAAUAACAUUUUGAUCCCCCUCGACCCAUUGUAUACUGCUGGAGAGCAACGCCAUGGCACACUCGCGAGUGCAUCAUCGGCAACUGCAGGUACCAUAUUG